CCGUUCCCUGCUCCCGCCCGUUCCCUGCUCCCUCCCGCCGGCCGGGGCGGGCCCGGGUUUGAAUGGCGUGGCGGGAAGAUGGCGGCGGUGCCGUUAUCUCCCCGAGCGGCGCCGCUGCCGCCUCGGCCGCGGAGCUCCGCGGCGGCAGCUCCCGCACACCGGGACGGGCCGCGCCGCCCGGGCCCGCCGCUCCCCGCCGCGCUGUGCUCAGCCCCCCGCCCGGCCUCGACCUCUCCCUGCGCCGCAGCGGCUCGGCAGGGCAAUAUCAGCAGGUAAAGGUUCCUGAAGACCAAGUGGACAAGUUGCUCCUUGCAAGCUGGGGUCUUCCCAAAGCAGUUCUGGAGAAAUACCAUGGUCUGGGAGUAGUGCAGAUGUUUGAAUGGCAAGCAGAAUGCCUGAUGCUUGGACAAGUUCUGGAGGGGAAGAACCUCGUUUAUUCAGCUCCUACCAGUGCUGGAAAGACUCUGGUUGCAGAAUUGCUUAUUUUGAAGCGAGUCCUGGAGACUCAUAAGAAAGCUCUUCUCAUCCUUCCCUUUGUCUCUGUGGCCAAGGAGAAGAAACAUUACCUGCAGGCCCUGUUUCAGGAGGUGGAUGUGAGAGUUGAAGGCUACAUGGGAGGCAUGGCUCCUGCUGGACGUUUCUCUGCUCUGGAUGUUGCUGUCUGCACCAUUGAGAAAGCCAAUGGACUAAUCAACAGGCUCAUAGAGGAAAACAAAAUGGACUCGCUGGGAGUGGUGGUUGUGGAUGAGUUGCACAUGUUGGGAGACUCUCAUCGAGGAUAUCUGCUGGAACUCCUCCUGACCAAAGUGAGAUAUGUUACAGAGAAGGUAGCAAAAGGACACUCAAAGAGCACCAGUCCUGGUUUUGGUGGGAUACAGAUAGUAGGCAUGAGUGCUACCCUCCCUAACCUGGGGCUCCUGGCCUCAUGGUUAGAUGCAGAGCUCUACUGUACAGAUUUCCGCCCUGUGCCCCUCAAGGAGUGGGUGAAAAUUGGCAGCAACAUAUAUGACUCCUCCAUGAAUUUAGUGCGAGAAUUCCAGCCCAAGCUGCAACUGAAGGGAGAUGAAGACCAUAUUGUGAGCCUGUGUUAUGAGACUGUUUGUGGUGGCCAUUCAGUCCUGCUCUUCUGUCCAUCCAAGAACUGGUGUGAAAAGCUGGCAGACAUCAUUGCCAGGGAGUUCUACGGUUUGCAACAAACUGAGAGUUCUGCAAAAAACUCAGCCCUUGCUCCAGUUGUUGUGGACAGAGAAGGGAUCGAUGAGGUCCUGGAUCAGUUAAAGCGUUCCAUUUCAGGCCUGGACUCUGUGCUCCAGCGUACUUUGCCAUGGGGGGUGGCAUUUCAUCAUGCAGGUCUGACUUUCGACGAGCGGGACAUCAUUGAGGGAGCCUUUCGGCGGGGCCUGAUCCGAGUCCUGGCAGCGACCUCCACGCUCUCGUCGGGAGUGAACCUGCCCGCGCGCCGCGUCAUCAUCCGCACGCCCACCUUCGGUGGCAGGCUGCUGGACAUCCUCACCUACAAGCAGAUGGCUGGAAGGGCUGGCAGGAAAGGGGUAGACACAGAGGGUGAGAGCAUUUUAGUCUGCAAGCCCUCAGAGAGAUCAAAAGGUGCUGCUCUACUUCAGGGAUCUCUCAAGCCCGUUUGCAGCUGCUUGCUGAGAAGAGAAGGGGAAGGUGUUGCUUCUAGCAUGAAAAGAGCAAUACUUGAGAUCAUAGUGGGGGGAGUAGCCAACACUCCAGAGGAUGUGCAGACCUAUGCCUCUUGCACUCUGCUUGCAUCCAGCUUGAAAGAAAGCAAGUGGGAAAAUGGGAAAGAGGAAGACAAGGCACGGGCUGGACCUAUUGAGGCUUGUGUGGCAUGGCUGCUGGAAAAUGAAUUCAUUCAGGUUGUGGACUCUGACAAUGAUGUGAAAGCAAAGGUUUAUCACCCAACACAUCUUGGCUCAGCUACUCUUUCCUCUUCUCUUUCACCAACUGAAGCUCUGGAAAUCUUUGCUGACCUGCAGCGAGCAAUGAAAAGCUUUGUUCUGGAGAAUGAUCUGCAUAUUGUCUAUUUGGUCACCCCAGUGUAUGAGGAGUGGACCACAAUUGAUUGGUACCAGUUUUUCUGCUUAUGGGAGAAGCUGCCUGCCUCAAUGAAACGUGUGGCUGAGCUGGUGGGGAUUGAAGAAGGCUUUCUAGCUCGCUCUGUAAAGGGCAAAAUCACAGCUAAAACAGAGAAACAGCACAGACAAAUGGCCAUUCACAAAAGGUUUUUCACCAGCCUUGCCCUUCUGGAUUUAAUCAGCGAGGUUCCUUUACAAGAUAUGACCAAGAAAUAUGGCUGUAAUCGUGGUCAGCUUCAAUCCUUGCAGCAAUCUGCUGCCACUUACGCAGGCAUGGUAACGGUUUUCUGUAAUCGACUGGGCUGGCACAACAUGGAGCUGUUGCUCUCUCAGUUCCAGAGCCGCCUCACUUUUGGGGUACACAGGGAGCUCUGUGACCUGGUCCGAGUGUCCCUGCUGAAUGCCCAGCGUGCCAGGACACUUUACAGCGCUGGCUUUGUCACCGUGGCUGAUCUCGCUAAAGCCAGUCCUGGCGACGUGGCAGCUGCUCUGAAGAACUCAGUGCCAUUUAAAAGUGUUCGUAGGGCUGUGGAUGAGGAUGAGGAGGCAGCAGAGGAGCGCCGGGCUGUGCGCAGCAUCUGGAUGGCUGGAAUGAAGGGCUUCACUGAAAGGGAAGCAGCCUCUGUCAUUGUGGAGGAAGCCAGGAGACUUCUGCAGCAGGAUUUGGCACUGAUGGGAGUGCAGUGGAACCCAGAGUCUUUUCUUGAGACUGAUACAUCCUCUGUGAUCAGCAGUGAAUCAGAACUGGAAGACAGACUGCAUAGAUCAGAUGGAGAGGAGUCUGCUGAGUCUUCAAGGGUGUUAAACAAAAAAGGGUGCAGAGUUCAACACUGUAAUGGCCUUGGUUCUCAGAUUGGAAACUUAUCAAAUAUUAAAAAGGGAUGUAAAAGGCGACUAAGCAGUAGCACAGAAAGCUCUGUAUUUGAGAGUGAAGUCCUGGGCAGGAAACAGGCUCAAGCAGAGGGAGGUGAGGGUAAUCUCGUGUACAGUGCUAGAAAACGGCCAAAUGUGUGCAGAGGAAAUGAAAACGUCGAAGAAAUUUCUCUGGUCAAAACCAAGACGGAUUCCAGAACAGCAAUCCAAGAGCAUCUUACUGAACAGGGAAAAACACCAACAUUGAGAACAAAGUCUUCAGCCUCUAGAUUGAUUAAAAGCACAGAUACACAUUUAAAUCGGACUAGGAACAAAAAUACCGCUUCAAAAUUGCAGGGGUCACUUAUUGAAGAUUCAAAUAAGUUUAGCAUAGACAUACAAAAGCUGCCUAUUUCCUGCACCACCAUCUCUACAGAUAAUUCUGUUUCAAACCAAAAUAAUAAGGAACUUAUGGAAACAGAUUCUGUAACUCAUAAAGUCUUAAUUUCUUUACAGAUGAGAGAAGUUAAGAUUGGGAAGAAAGAUGAAAUAGAAGGAUUAUUUACAGAGCCUUCCACCACUAAUGAAGGCAUGCCUAAGGGGAGAGCAGGUUUUCAGGCACCUGUUAUGCUGAAGUGUACUCCACACACCAGUGUGGAGACGCACAGUAGUGUGGGAAGUAGAGGAAUACCUGGUAGUGCUAGGACACAGAGAACUGAUAAAACUGAUGUUAAGCAGAAUAAAAGUAAUAAAACUCAAACAGAUGAAAGCUGUGCUGAGGUGAGGAUUGAUAAGCAUUUUUGUCCUGGUGAAGAGAAAACCUGUGAUAUUCAGAUUCAGAAUGCUGGCAAAAAUGGGAGCAAAAAGCCUGAUGGAAUAUUGUCACAAGCUGGAACAAUGCAGCAUGGCAACAGUCAUUCUAAAGAUUUUCUGAAAGGGUCUUUAGUAAAAUCCAGAGGUGUUUGCAAUGCAGAUGGUGUUCAGAAUGAUCCAGCCUCUCAUCUGUUUUCUGACUCUAGAGACUUUGAAGACAGCAUCCACUUGGAUACUCAAACUGAGAUGAUAAUAAAACAGGAGGGAACAGCUGGAAUCACAGGACAGCAGGGGAUACAAGGUUCAGAGCUGGCAGCAAUUCCACAGCAGGAAAUAUCAGAAAAACCAAGCAGUUUAUGGACUGAGAAUGAUACUGAUAAAAGGCUGGCUGCAACAGUUAAGAAACUGAGCUUCCCAAGCCUUAUCACAACAAAUGACGCUACAAAAAGCACAACUCAGCACUGUAGUAAUAAAGUUUUGGAGUCUGGAGGCCUUAAUUUACAACCUGUAGUGAAGAAAAUAGAACCUGCACCUUGCCUUAAAGAAAGCGAUUUCUCGAUGACUGACUCACAACUACACAGUUUUCUACAAGAUUACCAGACCCAAAAUUCAGUGAAAGGGGAAAGUGUGUCUAAAGACCUGAAUAAAGCAGCCUCCCAUUUUGGUAUGGAACAAGUUGUACAAGUAGAAUCCCAGCCUGUCCCUGACACAAGCCUAAACAUGAGCAAUAGCUUGCUGUUUGAUGAGAGCUUCAGUAAUGUCAGUGACCUUUCAGCUGUUCACAUCAUGGAAGCUGAUGGAAAGGACCCUGUGGCUUUGCUUCCUCCAGAUGGUGUUUUGCAGAAUCCAAGGCCUGUUGAGAAUAAAUUUGAUGUCAGUGACAAUCAGAAAGAACAUGAGAAUCCUGCACAGUGUAACAAUGUGUCUUUAGCAUCCUCCGAUGUAAUAGCAGAAGUUUUAGACCAUGGAAACUCCCCAUCUUUUCUGAAAGACGUUCCUUCUACAUUUCAAGGUCAGUCAGGAUUAAGAAACUCAGUCACGUAUAACAAUGACCCCAGACCAAAGCACUUAGUAGGACAUCAAGGUGAAAAGCUCCAGAGAAGCCACCAAGCUUUUGAGAAGAACCCCCAUCCAGUGGUGUGGACUGAAUGCUCGUUUGAACUAAGCCCAGGAUUGCAGGAUGUGUUGGACAAAUGGCCUAACCUCUCAGGCAUUGAAACAGCUUCAGCAAGUUCUGAUUUGAAAGGAGAGUUAGUUGCUCCUACUGUUAGUCAGGAGCCAGAUCCAGUUUUUGAAUUGGAUUGUUGUGAGGCAGAAUCUUUGCCCACUUCCCAGGAUUUGAAAAGCUCUUUCAAGGUUAAAGAAAACAAAAUGGAAAACUUGGAUCUUCAGAAAACAGAUGGCAUAACUCUUCAGCUAGAGGGAAGCAACAGAACAUCCUGUCCUGCACUAGAUAGUAAUAAUGGGUUUAUUCCUCCAACACCUCCCAAAGAGCAUUUUCCAAAAAGUUCGGUUUCUCUCCCUGUGAAAUCUGCAAGAAAGGGACAAGUCACCUGCAAGAAGGAACGGCAGAUGAUUCAGCUACAGCGGAAUAGUGAGGGCAAUGCAGAGCAGCAGGUAAAAACAUUCCAGGACAAUCUUGAAUGUCUAGACCCAACUGAGACAGAUGAGAUAAAAGAUGAUUCCACUGUAGACCAAGGCUUUUCACUGCAGCUAUCUCAGGAUGUUUUUCCUUUUGUUCCCUUAAGUGCCGAAAGUUUCACUAUUAUUGAUGUAGCAAGCAACAAAGCACUUUUCCAGACUUUUGUUGCAGAAUGGAAGGAGAAAAGCAGAUUCUCCAUCUCAGUGGCAUGUGAAAGAACAAAGUGCCUUUUGUCUCCCAAAUCAACGAUUGGUGGCAAAUUCAAAAAAGUGAGUUCUCCUCAGCGGUUGCAAGUUAAGGAUGACGGAUUUCCUGUCCAAGGAUGCGAAGACAUCUUGGUAGUUGGACUGGCAGUGUGUUGGGGUGGAAAAGAUGCCUACUAUAUCUCUUUGCAGCAGACCCAAGACCAGACUGAAAUCAGUCUGAGUUUGGCACCCCCACCUCUGGACCAAAGCCUACCCGUGACAGAGAGACUGAACCAUCUGCAGCAGUACCUGCAGAAGAAGACCAAGAAGGAGCGCUCACUGAUCAUGUAUGACUUCAUCCAGCACUACAAAACUCUGCUGAUGGCUUGUGGCAUCUCCUUGGAAGGAAGUUUUGAGGACCCAAAGGUUGCGUGUUGGCUGCUGGAUUCUGGCUCCAAGGAACAUACCCUUCACAGCAUGGUGACCAACUUCCUCCCCAGUGAGCUGCCCCUCCUGGAAGGGGUGGGCACAGGCCAAGGGGUGCAGAGCCUGGGGCUGAGUGCCAGCAGAGACCAGUCUGGGCGGUACAGAGCAGCCAUAGAGUCUGUGCUUGUCUUCAAUGUCAUGGACCAACUCCACAAGGAAUUACAGAAGGAAAAUCUGACAGAUGUAUUUUCUAAGGUGGAGAUGCCCACCCAUUAUUGCUUGUCUCUGCUGGAGCUGAAUGGCAUUGGUUUCAGCACAACAGCCUAUGAAACCCAGAAACAGGUCAUGCAGGCUAAACUGAGCCAGAUUGAGACCAAGGCAUAUCAGCUGGCAGGGCACAGCUUCUCCUUGACCAGCCCUGAUGACAUUGCAGAGGUGUUGUUCCUGGAGCUGAAGUUGCCACAAAAUGGAGAUGUGAAAGUCCAAGGGAACAAGAAAACCCUGGGUUACACCAGAAGAGCAACUGCUAAAGGAAACAGGGUCAGGUUAAGCAAGCAGUUCAGUACAACCAAGGAUGUUUUGGAGAAAUUGAAGACACUUCACCCAUUGCCAGGGCUGAUAUUGGAAUGGAGGAGGAUCAACAAUGCCAUUACUAAAGUGGUGUAUCCACUACAGAGGGAGAAGCGAUUGAAUUCUGCACUGGGAAUGGAAAGGAUAUAUCCAAUUUCACAGACUCACACAGCUACAGGUCGAGUAAGCUUCACAGAGCCAAAUAUCCAGAAUGUGCCAAGAGAUUUUGAGAUUGAAAUGCCAACUGUGGUUGAAGAAAGCCCCCCCUCCCAAGCCCAUGGAAAUGUUAAUUCUCAUGCUGCACUGGGGGGCAGAUGCAGAAAGCGUUCCAGUAUUUUGCCUAAUGGGCUAAAGGUUCAAGCUGCAAACAUAUCCGAAGAAAGAGGAAUACAAUUUUCUGUUAGCAUGAGGCAUGCUUUUGUUCCUUUCCCAGGUGGCUUAAUCUUGGCUGCUGAUUACUCUCAGCUGGAACUGAGGAUCCUUGCUCAUUUGUCUUGUGACUGUCGCCUCAUUCAAGCCUUGAAUGGCGGUACCGAUGUCUUCAAGAGCAUCGCAGCAGAAUGGAAAAUGAUUGAUCCCGAAGCUGUUGGAGAAAGGACCAGGCAACAAGCUAAGCAGAUCUGCUAUGGAAUCAUCUAUGGAAUAGGAGCAAAAUCUUUAGGCGAGCAGAUGGGGAUUGAUGAAAAUGAAGCUGCCAAUUAUAUUGAAUCUUUCAAAUCGAGAUAUACAGGGGUUCAGAAAUUCUUGAGGGAGACAGUGCGGAGCUGCAGGAGGGAUGGGUUUGUGCAGACCAUCCUGGGGAGACGGCGCUACCUGCCAGCUAUCAAAGAUCCAAAUCCCUACAGUAAAGCUCACGCAGAGCGCCAGGCUGUGAACACAACUGUUCAGGGAUCUGCUGCAGAUAUUGUCAAAACAGCCACAGUGAACAUUCAGAAACGCCUGGAAGCUUUCCCCUCUGUGUUCAAGUCCCAUGGACAUCUGGAGAGCUCCUUCCAGAGAGAUAAAACAGGAAGGCUGUCGAGGAAGAGAAACACAGGGAUGUUACAUCCCAUCAGAGGAGGCUUCUUUAUCCUCCAGCUGCACGAUGAGCUGCUCUAUGAAGUUGCAGAGGAUGAUGUCAUCCAGGUUGCUCAGAUUGUGAAACGUGAGAUGGAAAACGCCAUCAAACUCUCAGUGAAACUGGAUGUUAAAGUGAAAAUUGGCCCCAGCUGGGGAGCCCUGCAGGACCUGGAGCUGUGACACUGCUGUGUGACUUUCCCACUGUGGGGAGGCAGGAGGCACCAUGGGCUGGGCAGGGUGAAGGUCUGGGAUCACCUGCUGGCGGUGUGAUCCUCCUGUGCCAUGUUUCUACUGGCAGGGUACCAAGCUGCCUUCUGAAACGUGUGGUGGAAGCUGGUAUGAAUUCACCAAGCCAAACCAUCCAGAGCUCAGUCAGAGCACUGAAGCAUGUUUAAACUGUGAAAUUAUUAAUUGUUAAAAAAAUGAUAUUUAAUUCUGUCAAGGGUGCUUGAUCUUGUAUAAACCUCCAAUGCCUAAUGAAUUUAUUACGUAUGAAAUGAGCUGGAUUGCGUUAUUAAAGCAAGGUGCAAACAUAAUUUGGCAGUGAUUGUGUAUAAUUGUGUGGGGCAAAAAGAGUCAUUGUGAUUGCACUUGAUGUAGAAUUUUGCAGGCCUUUUCUAGGAUUAUCUUGUACUGGAUUCUGCUGAUGGCACUCAGGUGCUGAUGUGACUUUACAGCUGGCUGGAUUUCUCACUGAGCAGCUGUCAGCAUUCACAGUGGGUGGAACCUAUGCUUGGUUGGCCUCUGGCUUUUAAGAAAGCCUUUUGGUGACUGCUGUAAUUCAUCCUACUGCUACCUUGCAAACUGGCCUCAAGAGGAAUAUCUUGGAAUCUCUUAAUACCAAAUCACCAGCAGAAACAUUUUAAAGAAUGAAGCUCAAUGAAUUGGUUAAAAACUUCAUGGCAAUGCAUAUUUUUGUGAAGAAGGAAACUAUCUGAGUCUGGCCAGCUGACAUGGCAGCCUUUGCUGGUGUUUGAGGUCUGGUGUGCUUGAGAGGAAUCGUUACGCUGUGGUGGGUGACCUGUGGCUCUUCCUUCAGAGACCAUUCUCCUAAGGAAGCCUCACACCUGCCUGUUGGCAGCCCCACUAAAACCUGCUCAGAUUUCCCCCACUCUUUGCCUCGGUGUCUUUGACUCUGACCUUGUGAUCACUCAGUUUUCCUGGGAGUUUGGGCUUGUCAAGCUGAGCCGGGAUCAGAUCCUUCAAAAGAAAGGGCAAGGAAGGAGCUUGCAGGGAAUUAAUCUGCCACUAUUUGGCAUCACUUUCCCCACUAAUACCUUCUGGUCUGGCUAAAUCUCACAUCACAAGUUUUCAUUUCCCUUCCAGACAGCUGUGAUGGUUACACAAGUUCAACUGCUUUUGUUAACUUCACACAAUGCCUGACCUUGAAUUCUGUAAUUUUCAUCGUCUAGCCCUUGUAUCUUACAAGAAAGGGAGGACAAGUACCUCCCGUCAUCUUCCUUAUGCCUCUAAUUAUUGUAUCAUGUCUUUUUCUGCAGUUCCUCCCUAAUGUAAUCAAUCUCCAUCUUUCCAUUCUUGCCUCCUGUGAGAAGUUUUCAAGCCCCUAAUUAUCCUUUCAUUUCUGAACUUCUGCUGGGUCCUUUUUAAGCAGUGUACUUUUGAAGUUGCUUUUUCAGCCUGAGCUGAGAGGAUGCACACUUGGCUUUCAGCAGCCCGAGAGGGGGCUCAGGAUCGUUAACUUCAGAUGCGGCGCUUUUGGCAGGGCUGUUAUCCUGACAUCAGAAGUAGCCAGCACCGAGGGCUGGAGAACACAGGGAACAUUCAAAGAUGUUAAUAGGGCUUCCUCACAAAAGGCUGCAUCCCAGACUCUGAUCCACCACCUGCCUCUUGUGCAGCAGAGCAGACAUGUGGCACUGAGCCAGAGCCCAGAUGAGGCUGCCUUGACUGCCCUUCUCAGCACCAUCUUGGCCUUCUUUCCUGUUCUGUAUUCCACCUUACACUGAGAUUUUUUUGUUUUCUUCCUGCCUGUUCUAUGCCAUGACUUUCUUCAACACCUGUCACCUGAUGGCUGAGCUCUUUAUCCACAGCAUUGUCUUUUUUCUUAUUUUAUUAAAGCUUUUGUUAUUAACAGAUCCGAGCCUCGGCACCCUGGUGCCCGACCAUUUGUGUGCUCUGCCUGUGAAGAUGCUGGUUUGGACUCAUUAUCAAUUCACAUGGCCUAAUGAUUUCCUGUCCUGGGUGUCCUGCAGUGACACACCUGUGCUGUAUUCCAGGCCUCACUGGGGCUGCUGUCAUUUGGGCUGCUUGUUCUUUGGCACAUUACAAUAUUUCCCUCCCACACGCUGUCUUCAGAAUUUCUAAAGCAUGGAUCUCACACGUAUUUCUCAGCAAGCUCUCUAGAAGGGGGUGAUGCUAAUCAGUAAGGGGAUUAACAUGUACCCAAACUUAUUUUGACUAACAAACUCGAUGGGCUCAUUUUAAUUAAGCAGUAAUUUGGAGCAAAUGAGAAGAUAAGAGGUAGCCACUGUGGCAUUUGAGUGUUACUAGGACUGGCUAUGAGCUGUUUUCUGAUUGCUGCUAUUUACGUUCCUCAAUUCUGAUUAGACUUUAACUCUUAGCGACACUGAGCAGUGGAAGCAGAAGAGGGCUAACUCAGGUAGCAGAGGCACUGUCCAGAACUGCAGAAAAGGGUUUAUGUUGUUUUCUGAAGUUGGUAAGAAAGAGCCUGGCAGCUCACAUUACUCACCUGGUUUUGCCUGUGGGCGCCUUUCACCCUGCUUCUGAGGGCAUUUUAUUAAUUCAGGACCUGAUAACCUGAAUGCAGGUUAGUCUCAGUCUCUGUAGUCAGGAUGGGAUGCAUCUGGUAGUGUUUGCUCCUCAGCUUCUUUGUGUGAUUCUCCCUUCACAGCACAUGCCAGCCUCCUGUCAGCUGGCACAGCCUGGCACAAGGACAGAUGAACACUGCAGAAGGGGUAAGAGUUCUGUUUGUUACAACUGUUGACAGCCUUGCCCCUUGGUGCACACAGAAUUCCUACUGCAGCCAGCCCUGCACUGCCCUUGCCUGGCUCCUGCACCAGCAGGGAUGUGUCUGCCUGCCAAAAGAAAUCCGGUUGGGAUGCAGUCCUGGCAAACAGCUGUGGGCACUGGGAGUGCCUUGUGUGCACAUGAUGGAGACCUGUGGGACCCAGCUCCUCACAGGGAGAAUCUGUCCCCUGGGGCUGCUGAGCAGCCUGGUCUGGUUGGUUCCCAUCUGCUUUCUGCUCAAAAUGUGCAUUCAGCUGGCUACGGGUACAGGGCAGAACUUGCCCAGCCUUGGUAACAGGAGCUCGCACCUUUGAUGUUUGCUGCAGCCUCUUGGUCCUUUUCCCCACAGGCAGACCACAAGCUUGUUUUGCCUUGGUUUUCUACUGCAGCUUUCCUUUCCUCCCUGGCUCCUGGGAGCAGUGACAGGCAGGUAAUAAAUAAUGGCGCUGGCAAUCUGAUCUGCUUUGGUCCUUUUGCUUUUCUCCCAUGCUGCUUGCAUUUCAUGGAGAGAGUUGUACAUAGCUGACAAGAGGGAGAGGGGAGCUCAGCACCUUUGGCUGACAUUUGGAGCUUUUCCUGGCACAGCAAUUCAGAUGUGCUGCUGGGAAGAGCCCUCACCUCACCCAGAGCUCACUCCUGCCCUUCCCAGAGCUCAGUCCGUGGGAGCUGAGCAUUCAUCCUGAAGUGGGAGUGACAGGAAGGGCUCUUGGCUGGCUGGUAGCCCUGGUCCCAGGCUGGUGACAUUCCUGGGGCUGGUAUGGCAGUUAGGAGCCCCAUGUGAGCUCCCUGGCAUGGAGCAUGGGAGCAUCAGCUGGGCAUAGGUUCUGUCCUGGCAGGAGCUGCUGGAGGAAGGGAGGUGACCAUCCCCACCCCAGCAACAACCACAACUGCAAUUUUUGUGUGAAGGGUUAACUCCAAAGGCUUUACACAAACCAUGCACCUUUGAAAUACUAUAAAGAAUGUAGGAAUAAAAGUUGGAAAAAAAAGAGAUUACACCAACUAGUAUCAAUUCUUUCCUUUAUUUUCUUUCCCUCUGUGUUUUUUUUUUUUUUUUUUUUUUUUUUUUUUUUUUGGUUGUUAAUGGGUGCUGGAGACAGCCUCACUUUAAGAUGCCUUAGCUUUGUGAUACUGAUUUAGGAGACCUGUGGAACCAGGACAUGGUUAGCACAGGAGCGUGUGGUUCACCCCAGACCAGCCUUUGUUCUGAGACACGGGUAAUGACUCAUCAACACACCACACACAUACUCAGCCCACAUUUCCUUGACACUGAAUCUGAAUAUUUGUUGCUAUUUAAAAAAGUACAAUGUUUGAUUUGUUGAUUUAAUCACAAAACAAAACACAUGAAUGGAAACACUAAUUUACGUGACUAUUGCUUAUACACCUAAGAGGAAGAGUUGACUGUGGAUGUCCACAGGCAGUUCCUUCAUGAGAGAGUGUGCUCUUACUAGAGCCUUCCAAGGCAAAAAACCAUUCAAGACUGAACUAUGCUGUGCUUGAAUUCACCUUUGGGCUAUGGGAAAGGAUGGAUGGGGCAGGGCCCAGGCUAUUUGAGGGGAAUAAUUAACCAAAAACUGGGGAUUUGCCUGUGCUGCAACACACACAGUUUAUAUAUGAAGGAGGUCCAAGGAUGGAAGCAGCUCUGAAAUGAUUUCUAUUGGAAAAAAGAGAUGCUUUCUAUGCCCACCUGAAUUGCAGUGGGCACAUCCUAUGCAUGCAGUGUGGUGUGAAAGGGAUUCUGGAAAAGGAGUAUAAACUGAUAUAGAGGAGGGUUUAUGUGAUAAUUUUAUACAAUACAUGUAGUAAAUAGAGUAUUUUUGUUACACAUUUUUGUAACAAUCCUAGCUGGUACUGUGGGGAAUGACUAAUUGAUGUAGAUAGUUGAACUACAGAACUGUAAAUAAACUUAAACACACCCCUCCCCCCCCCAGGUAAUUAUAGAAAACAAAACCUGAUUCUCAAAAUUUCAAUUGUCAUGUCUUUUAAUUCAAGGUUUGCAACUGAAGUUAAAGCUCUAGGAAUGGAUUUAAUUUUUUUUAUUAAUAAAUAAAGUAGCUUGUACUUCAUUGAAGACUUGCCAACUCUGCAGACUUAUAAAUAAUCUAAUUUAAUGCAUUUUUUCCUGUCUAUCUACAGCACUUGACAUAAGAUUACAAACAUCUAGUCAAACCCAAAGGUGUGUGUGCUGUUGGAAGUUCUGUGUAACUGGUUUUGAAUGUGAUUGUGACAGAGCUCCUGGAGAGAAGAAUGUGAGAGAACAAAGUACCCAAAUGAACAAAGAGCAUUUUAAAUGGAACCAAUACUUCCAGCCAACCUGGCCUGCUGUAGCUGAGGAUUGCAAGGCUGAAGAGACAUCUAAGCUUGGGAUUUUGCUUGAGGUGGUGCUGUCUGAGUGGGGAAAGGUGAAAGCACAGAAAGAUUUCAACAUCCAGUGACAGCCAAUGUCCUUGAUUUUCCUCCAGCCAGUCCUCCAGUCUUUCUCAGAGUCAGAUGCUGUGCUCCUCGCUGGGAAUGCUGCAGCUUCAUGCCUGUCACUGACAGCCUUGAGCAGCAUUCAGGGCAAGCCUUACAAAAAUCCCACACUCCCCCUCAUUUCACAAUAAA